AUGUCCACUUGUCCAAGCGGCCAGAAAUCGUUUGUUUGCCCCGACUGUGGCACCGAGAUUCCAGGCACGAAUUGUGCGCAUGCCCUGUCUCGUGCUUACGGAUGGAGAGAUAAGAAGGGAUGCGUCUACAUGUGCAGGUGCAAGUACCCUGUCAGAGCCAAGGAACUUCGUCAGCAUGUGUAUCGUGGACGCAUCGACAACAACAGGAGUGCAAGUGGCAAUGCCUUUGUCUAUUGUGAGACGAAUGGAGGAGGUGGUCAUGUGUACUAUGGUACAUUCAACAAGUGCGUCAAGGGCAAUGGUCUUGCUGCAUCUGGCAUGACUUCUGUCAGUGUUUUCGAACGAUACAGUUCAGCUUCGUGA